AUGCCUUCCUCUGCUGAGUUUAUAGAGCUAAAAGAAGAAACACGCUGGUUAAAGAAGCAAGUUAAAGCACAAGCACUCCUAAUCGAGCAGUUGAUCAAGGGACAAGCACCACAGCCGGCUUCGAAUCUCAGCCCAAGUGCCAAAGACAGCUACACAUUCCUCUUGCUACUUGAGGGUGAAGUAGACAUUCAGUGUAUGGCGGAUAGCCCUAAACAUCAUAGUGUUGCAACGAGUCGCAUGUUCAAUUUACUGGGGGAGAGCAUGAUUCAUAAUGUGCCUCUCCCCGCUGAUCCUGUGAAGGUGCAGUUGAACACUGCUAUUGAUCCUAAUUAUGCCCACCCUGCAGAUACACAGACAGUGGCUCAAGCAGUGGGUAGCUUUGUUGCUUGGCUUGGCCGUCUUCUUAUGUUAGGACAUCCUUCAAAGGAAUAUGCAGUUGAGGCCAUAUUAGAACAUGGCAAGGAUUUUAUGAUUCCCUUAGAGUUUAAGCCAGAGGUCUAUGAUCAACCCUCAUCCGAGUACGUCACAAAUGAUGUAUUGAAAGAAAUUCUGACACGUGGAAUGGUUAGCACAAAUACCUAUAACUUUUACGUCAGGUAUCUCUUCAAGAAUUUUAUACUCCCUAGUGGCCUUGAUGACAAGUUCAAGAUUAUCAGCCCCCACACAUUUGCUACCCAUGGACCUGAUAUGAAGAAGUAA